AUGAGUCAUAGAGUACAACUUCUUUUGGGUGCAUACCAUAUGACAUUUCCUUUGAAAAGUGUUGACAAAACGAUUGAGAUGAAAUCUGUUCCAUACGUAUGUUAUGGUAAUUGUUUAUACAUUGAGUCUAAAAUAGCUAAUGUCACAGGUAUUUCAGGAGUUAAUAGUAAAGGUUCAGUAGAAUAUAAAUCCUUCUGUUAUGCAGUCAAUUCAAUGUUCAUUCCAAACGUUCCUGUCAUAGCAACUCAUUUAGGUAAAUGGGUUCGCAUUAGUCCUCAUAAUUUGAAAGACAUGCAAUUCAGACUUGUUGACUUUCAAGGAGAGCCUGUAGAACUGAAGGCACCAGUGCGAAUGACUGUUGAAGUUGACUUUUUAGAAAAUAUUAAAUGCAACAGCUUACAAGAGAACUCAGAGCUAAAAAUAUAA